GUUUCUUCACAAGUCACUUCCUUGUUCCUCUGACUGAUUCUCUCUGCCUGCCUCUCCUCAGACUGACGAUGGCUGAAGCCCCGCUGUGUGAAUUACAGGACGAGUUCACCUGCUCGGUGUGUCUGGACACCCUGACUGACCCCGUCUCAAUCCCCUGUGGACAUAAUUUCUGUCUGAAGUGCCUCACGGAUUGCUGGGAUCAGAGCCAAGAGUGCAGCUGUCCUCAGUGCAGAGAAAACGUCACCACGAGGCCUGCUCUGCGAAGAAAUAAUCUGCUUAAUGAAGUCAUAAAAAAAUUAAAGAAGACAACAAUCAGUCCUCCUACUCUUCCUCCUACUCCUCCUCCUCAGAAUUAUGCUGGUCCUGGAGACGUGGAGUGUGACUUCUGUACUGGUAAGAAGUUCAGAGCGGUGAAGUCCUGUCUCACCUGCCCGGCCUCCUACUGUCAGACUCACCUGCAGCCUCACUAUGAAGGAGACGCCCUGAAGCACCACGAGCUGGUUGAUCCUGAUAGAAAUCUGAAGGAGAAACUCUGUGAGAAACAUCAGAAAAGUCUGGAGAUAUUCUGUAAAACUGAUGACUCCUGUAUCUGCAUGAUGUGUGUGGUGACUGGACAUAAACAUCAUGAAACAGUCGAGCUGGAGACGGAAAGAGAAGAAAAGCAGAAACAGCUGGGGGCAACACUGAGUGACAUCAAGACGGGACUUGAGGAGAGAGAGAAGACACUGAAGGAGACGAGGAGGGCGAUGGAGGAGAUGAAGAUGUCUGUGGUAAAAGAGGUGGAAGAAAAUGAGAAGAGCUUCACUGCUCUGAUACAGUGCAUUGAGGAAGCCCACAGGAAACUGACUGAGAGGAUCAGAGAACAAGAAAAGAGAGAAAUGGAGAAGGCUAAAGGAGUCAUGGAGCAACUGGAGAAGGAGAUCAACGAGCUAAAGAGGAGAGAAGCUGAGCUGAAGGAGCUUUCAGAGACCAAGGACCAUCUCCACUUCCUGCAGAUUUUCUCCUCUUGCUGUGUCCUUCCUGCUGAUGGAGACUCGCUGAGCUUCACUGUCACCGCUGAAUUCUCAUCUGAGGACCUGAGAAAGGAGCUGUCAGGUCUGACAAAGAGUCUGGAGAAGAUCAGCCAGUGGGUCAUCAUGACAAGGACACCAUCAGGAGCUCCGCACCUUAAACCAGCGGCGCAGGGCAGGCUGCUAGGACACCAGCGUGUAAACCUGAACACGAGCGGAGGAGCCCAUACUGGCCAUGAUACAGCUCCACGUGUGCCCAGAGUCACCGCGCCACACAGCGCUCACCCGCUAGGCAACCCGGCGAUCCUGUGGCAGCGCCAUCAACGCACAAACGCUCAUGAAGCUCCAGUUUUCACCCUCCAGCCUCCUGAACCUCAGAGCAGAGACGACUUUUUAAAAUACUUCUGUCCCAUCACAGUGGACAUCAACACAGCACACAGAAAACUCCAUCUGUCUGAAGGGAACAAGAAGGUGACACAUGAGAGGACAAAGACUGAAUAUCCUGAUCAUCCUGACAGAUUUGACCUCUGUGUCCAAGUUCUGUGCAGAGAGGCUCUGACUGGGACUCGCUGUUACUGGGAGGUGGAGUGCAGUGGACACUUCAUGAAGAUUGGAGUCGCAUAUAAAGGACUGAGCAGGAAAGGAGAGGGCAUGAAGUGCGGCCUUGGAAACAACGACAAGUCCUGGUGUUUGGAGUGUUCUCAUUCCCAGCACUCUGUGUGGCACAAUAACCAGCGGACUGUAAUCAGCGUCCCCUACAGCCCCAGAAUAGGUGUGUAUCUGGACUGGCCUGCUGGCUCUCUGUCAUUUUAUAGCGUCUCACAAACAAUGACCCUCCUGCACAGGUUCAACACCUCCUUCACUGAGCCCCUCUAUCCAGGGUUUUGGCUUGAUCUUCACUGCAGUGUAACAAUCAUCCAUCUGACACCAUGUGACCACUGACCAGUACCCUCCACCGGUCACUUGAUGUCCCCACAAACUCAGGUGUCUUUCUGUUUGCAGUUUGAGGUCAAAAUUAAUUUUACACUAUAGGUGGGGGGGCAGCACCUCUGUGAGUGAAUUUGUGGAUGAGAAUGAGUGGCGAGUUCGGCUGUCAGGGUCUCCAUUAUUAUUGGGUCUGAGUAGCCAAUCAGGUCUGUGUGUCAUAGUGAGGGGCGGUGACACCUCAGACCUACAAAUACCAGUCUGACCAGCAGGGGUCACUGAUGAUUCACAGCCACAUGUCCUUCAGGCUGACACCCCAACUGCUGUGUCCUCUGAGUGUCACUGAGUGUCAACUGUUAAGUCAGUCUAUAUAGCGCCUUUCAGUAGUGCUGCUCCAGCAGGACCACAUGCCUGUCUCAGUAUCCAGAGCCUCAUUCCAGUGACUAUUUAGGAGCACAGAGUGACAGAAGUGACAGGAGUGCUGGCCUCUGAACAGACAUUGUCUGCCCCUCUAUUAGUUACUCCGGUGGUCUGUCACCUCUGAAUGUAUUCACUGUGAAUGUCUAAAGACGAGGACUCACCGCUCAGUCACGUCAGCCAUACUGAUGGAGUUUGGUGUUUUACUGAGUCACUUGGUGUCACGUUAGACAUUAAACUGCACCUCCUCCUUGUUGUUCCCACUGUCACCCAACCUCAAGGAGAUGAGUCAGCUGACUGACUUCACCGUCACUGUCGGUGUUCAUAGUGACAAUCAGAUGUGACACUUGGGGAUACUUUUAUCUUUCCACUGACACACACAUUCCCAGGAUUAAUUUACAAUUCCCUCAGGACUCCUCAAGGAGCGGCGUGUCA